UUUCAGGCUUGUUUAACCUCGGUGCUCGCUCUGUCGACUGCAGUUCUGGGCGCUAAGAAGGCAGCGUCGGCCGACGGUAAGCAUGACGACCUGGUCAAAGUCGAGUGUGCCGAGAUUGGCGAGCAGGGCCGCGAGCUGAUGAACCCCGACGGCGGGCUUCCGUGGCUCAGUCAAGGCCGAAGACAAGUUCCACGAGCAGAUGCUGCGCGCGCUGUCGUUCAACCGGGCGCUCAAGUGCCGUAUCCCGCGCAACAAGCUCACGUUCACACAGUACCUGGAGGUUCCUCUGCAUAUCGACGGUGUGCGUGUGCGCGGCGGAUCCAAGCUCAAGCGGAUCUCAGGCAACUUCAAUGCCGUCCUGCACGGCGAGAAGGGCACCCUGGUUGCUGCCGCUAUGUACCCAGUCGUGACCACCCGCUGCCUGAGACUGUCAGCGGUGUGACUACCAUGCAGAUCAACCUGCGGUGGUACGAGGGUUCUGCCAUGACUCUGCUGAUGUCGAACAAGCGCCAUGAGGAGGACUUCAUUAUCCAGCCCAUUGUUGCCCUCAUGUUCUGCAUUCUGACUGCAUGCGCUGUCUAUGUCGUCGGCCGUGUCUACGUCGAGAGCUCGCUGAUCCCGCGCGUGCUGAAGGAGGAAACCGACCGCAAGGCUAAGGCCAGGAAGGAGUUUGAGGACUCGGUCAAGAAGGAGACCAAGAAGGACAAAUGAGCAGGUUUCUCGGCCUAGGCUGACUCGGCGCCGCUUGAUCAAUAACGCUAAUCGCUUGCACAGUAUUUGUCUCGCAGGGCAUUGCAAAAAAAAGCAUUAGGUGCACGAAAGAGGGUCUUUAGGUGUUUAUUGGUGAUGGCAAGACUUUACAAAAAUAUAGAGGGCCAACGAAAGACCGAGCGCAUACUGCAGCUGGUCUCAGUCUCUCUGCGUGAGCAGUCGGUUGGACAAUGGCAUCAGAGAAGGCUGGGCAAGAGGAAGAAUAGGAACAAAGCUGUGGCGCACAGCCCGACA